CGGGGAGGCGACGCGCCGUGAGAAUCCCCCCGAACGAAGCCUUCCUUGGGCAGGCUCCCUUCACCCGGAGGGCAGAGGAAGGGCCGGGCAGAUUGGGAGCUGCCUCGCCAGUGGGGUGGAGGAGACGGGGCAGGGCCGUGAGUGAGUGCGGGUGCAUGAGGGCGAAAGGGUUUGGCUGCCGCUGGAGCGCUUGUCACGGGUCCCCCCUCCGGUUCUGGUCGUUAGAAACCCGGGCUCUUGCCAAGGGAGGGAAGAGGGUGGAAGAACUGGCUCUCCCCUCCCCUCUUUCCACUGUGGUCAAGAAGGGAGGGAGGGGGCAGAGAGAAAGAAAGUGAAUUUUUCGAAGGGCUGGGGAAGAGGAAAGGCCUCUUUGCGCUGGGGCUGCUUGGAGCCAGGAACUGGGAAGCCCUGAUUUGCUGGGGCUGCUUCAUAGAAACGCCAGGACUUUCUGCCCGUUUCCUUGGUCGGAGUUGUUUCCUUUUCCGCGUACUUGCGUGCGUGUGGGUGCGCGUGUAAAGCAAAGUGGAUGCUGAGUGUUUCAAAUUUUAAUUCGAGGCUGAUGACACGUAAUGGGGCAGUUGGUCCUUAAAAUUCCCUGUAAAGAAGAUGACGCCUUAUUAUUUCUGAGUGACUGGAAAUAACCUUUUCUUGAGAAAGGUGCAAAACAAAGAUUUGGAUCCUGUUCUCCCUAUCUUAAAUCUUGGCCUUUAAAUCUGUCUACAUCUGCCCUUUUGUGGUGACAAUUGAUUUUUUUUUUGGUCUUUUUCACCUCUGGAUAUGAUUCAUUUGGAACCUGAGUGGUGUGGUGACACUCUGAAGACACAUGGGAAUUAAUUGGAAUUUCAGUAUUACAAUAAUGACCAUCAUCUUGAGAAAAAGAACAUGCAUGUUGGUUUGAGAAAAACUCAUCCUCUGAGGCCAAGCCCUGAAACAUGAAGGUGGAUUUGCUUAAUGGAGUAAAAGCUCCUCUUAUCUACCAUUUGCCCUUUCAGACUGGAUUGUAAACUGAGGGAUUAAGACUCUUGGGAGACAACAGAUUUCCUCCUGUCAGCGUUUUCUAAACUGUACACAGCUGGAUUCCUCUAAAUAUGACUGGCUUGCUGCAGCACCUUUUGCUGGUGCUCUUGUUCUCCAGUGCCACCUUACAACUCAGCAUUGCGGCUGCUGCCCAGAGUGAAGAGACAACAUGUGCUUAUAGAGACCCAUACCAAAAUGAUCAUGGGAUUAGUGAAAGUCGGAUUUCUCAAGAGAAUGGUACAGUUUUAUGUAUGAAAGGAAGUACCUGCUAUGGUCUCUGGGAGAAAACCCGAGAAGGAGAAAUACAUCUUGUGAAACAAGGAUGUUGGACUCAUAUAGGAGACCCCGAAGAGUGUCAUGCUGAAGAGUGCAUAGUAACAACCACCCCUUCCUUGGUUCAGAAUGGGACAUACCGUUUUUGCUGCUGCAGUACCAACCUGUGCAAUGUCAACUUCACAGAGAACUUUCCACCACCAGAUCCUUCACAUCCCACACACUUACCAGUUCCUGAACCUCCAGAUGAGACAAUUAUAAUUGUUCUGGCAUCAGUAUCUGUACUGGCUGUUUUGGUGUUUGCUCUUUUCUUUGGAUACAGGAUGUUUGGAGGGGAUCGUAAACAAGGCCUGCACAGCAUGAACAUGAUGGAAGCAGCCGCUUUAGAACCCUCAUUAGAUCUGGAUAAUUUGAAGCUACUGGAGCUUAUUGGCCGAGGGCGAUAUGGAGCUGUAUACAAAGGAUCCUUAGAUGAACGUCCAGUGGCUGUAAAAGUAUUUUCGUUCACUAAUCGCCAGAAUUUUAUAAAUGAGAGAAAUAUUUAUAGAAUACCACUGAUGGAACAUGACAAUAUUGCCCACUUCAUUGUGGGAGAUGAGAGAUUCACUGCAGAUGGGCGGAUGGAAUAUUUGUUAGUCAUGGAAUAUUAUCCCAAUGGUUCUUUGUGCAGAUAUUUGACUCUUCAUGCUAGUGACUGGGUGAGCUCUUGCCGAAUGGCGCACUCUAUAACUAGAGGCCUGGCGUACCUUCAUACAGAACUACCACGAGGAGAUCAUUACAAGCCUGCCAUUUCCCAUCGUGAUUUGAACAGCCGCAAUGUAUUAGUAAAGAACGAUGGAACAUGUGUCCUUAGUGAUUUUGGUCUCUCCAUGAAGCUAACAGGGAAUAGAUUGGUGCGGCCAGGUGAGGAGGACAAUGCUGCAAUUAGUGAGGUUGGGACAAUUCGCUAUAUGGCCCCUGAAGUGCUGGAAGGAGCAGUAAAUUUAAGGGACUGUGAAUCAGCUUUGAAACAGGUCGAUAUGUAUGCACUAGGUCUAAUCUAUUGGGAGAUUUUUAUGAGAUGUACAGAUCUUUUCCCAGGAGAAUCUGUGCCAGAGUUCCAAACAGCAUUCCAAAUAGAAGUUGGAAACCACCCCACUUUUGAAGAUAUGCAAGUCCUUGUUUCAAGAGAAAAGCAAAGACCAAAAUUCCCUGAGGCCUGGAAAGAGAACAGCUUGGCUGUGAGGUCACUGAAAGAGACAAUUGAAGACUGCUGGGAUCAAGAUGCUGAAGCUCGGCUGACAGCCCAGUGUGCUGAAGAGAGGAUGGCUGAACUCAUGAUGAUUUGGGAGCGGAAUAAAUCUGUCAGCCCCACUGUUAACCCUAUGUCUACAGCUAUGCAAAAUGAACGAAACCUGUCACACCAUAGACGAAUGGCAAAGAUCAGACCAUAUCAAGAGUAUUCUUCCUCAUCUUUCAUUGAGGAUUCAGUUAAUCACAGUGAUAGCAAAGUGAAGAACAUUUCAUCUGAACUUUCAGUGUCAAGCACACCACUGACACUUGGGGAGAAGAACAGAAAUUCCAUUAACUACGAGCGGCAGCAAGCACAAGCUCGUAUUCCAAGUCCUGAGACUAGUGUCACCAGCUUGUCAACCAACACUACCACCACCAACACAACUGGCCUUACUCCAAGCACUGGCAUGACCACCAUAUCUGAGAUGCCUUAUUCAGGUGAAACAAAUAUUUGUGCUGCAAAUGGCAUGCAGUCACUUGGGCCAACUCCGGUUUGUCUGCAGCUAACAGAGGAGGACUUGGAAACUAACAAGCUGGAUCCAAAAGAAGUGGAUAAAAACUUAAAAGAAAGCUCUGAUGAAAACCUGAUGGAGCAUUCUCUUAAGCAGUUCAGUGGGCCAGAUCCGCUUAGCAGCACUAGUUCCAGUUUGCUGUACCCACUGAUAAAACUGGCAGUAGAAGCAACAGGACAACAGGAAUUCAUGCAAGUUGGAAAUGGCCAAGCCUGUCUAAUUCCAGAUGUUCAGCCUGCUCAGGUCUACCCUCUUCCCAAACAGCAGAACCUCCCAAAGAGGCCUACUAGCCUACCCUUAAACACCAAAAAUUCAACAAAGGAGCCUCGGCUGAAGUUUGGAGGGAAGCACAAAUCAAACUUGAAGCAAGUAGAAACUGGAGUUGCCAAGAUGAAUACUAUAAAUGCUGUAGAACCUCACUUAGUAACGGUUACCACAAAUGAAGUGGCAGGGAGGAGCCAUACAACAAACUCUCAUACUGUAUCAACACAGUAUAUCAAUGGGACAGGCCAGUCUGGCCAAGCAGCCAGCUCAGGAGCACACAGAGCCCAGGAAAUGUUGCAGCAUCAGUUCAGUGGAGAAGAUAGUCGUCUGAAUAUCAACUCAAGCCCUGAUGAACAUGAGCCAUUAUUAAGAAGGGAGCAGCAAGUGAGCCAUGACGAGGGCAUCCUCGAUCGACUGGUAGAUAGAAGAGAACGGUCACUGGAUAAUGGCCGGACAAAUACCAACAACAACAACAGUAACCUGGGUCUAGAGCAAGGUGUUUCCACCCAGAGCAGCCAUAGAACGGCACCAAAUUCUGGACCGACCCACGCUAAAAGAGCACAGAGGCCUAACUCACUGGAUCUUUCUGCCACAAAUAUUUUGGAUGGGUGUACUAUUCAGUUGGGUGAAUCAUCUCUUGAGGGCAAAUCCGUCUCAGGAGAAAAGAUCAAGAAACGUGUGAAAACGCCUUAUUCCCUAAAGAGAUGGCGCCCUUCAACAUGGGUCAUCUCCACAGAACCCCUGGAUUGUGAGAUUAACAACAAUGGGAGUGACAGGGUGGUUAGUUCUAAAUCCAGCACAGCUGUUUACCUUGGAGAAGGUGGUACUGCGACAACUAUGGUGUCUAAAGAUGCAGGAGUGAACUGUCUGUGAAUUGUUUGAAAGCUUACACAACUGACAUUCUUGCGUUCUAUUAAUGAACAUGCAGAAGACAUUUUAUAUUAAAAAACAAAACAGAACCCUGCUUUCUUCUGUCAGUACUCCUUACCAAGGACUCGCUUUAAAUAGAUUUCAGCUAUGCAGACAAUUUUUAGCUUAUGCUUCCAUAUUUUUAAUUUUGUUUUUUUUUUUACAUUUUUGCACUUUUUAUUUAGAAUUGCAAAACUACAUCUGUUCGUCCUUGACCACAGAAUUAUAUAUAUAUGUAUCAAAUGCUGUGGUCUCAAAAUAUUUUUUUUUAAAAAAACAAAAACAAGAAAAUGUAUUGCUGAUAAUCAGUCUGGACCGGUUUCUAAAGGUCACUAAACAGCUAAGCCAGUGGGCUAUGGUGGCGUCCGCUGUUCAUGUUUUGAGUUGUGUGCACAAAUCAUUUGUAAGUUUCUGUGUAACAGAGUGUAUUAUCUUUCAAACUUUCUAUUUUACACUUGUAUUAUGUUGAAAUGUGCAAUAGUCUGUAGUUCAUAAUAUACUUUGUGUUUCCAUUCCUACUACACAUUCUUCCUUUUUGGAGUUAAAAAUGUCAGUAGCUACGUUUAAUCUGAUAAUUUGACAGCCAGUGGUUUAUAACCAUGAACUCUGCAGAGCAUAAUCAGCUUGAAGUAACUGCUUUUAUCUAUCAGUAUAUGUGCUCUAAGAUUACAGUUAAUGCAUGAUUUUCCCCCUACCUUAAAGACUAUUUUAAAAAAAACUGGAAAGAAAGAACAAAUCUUUUCUCUUUCACACUUCCAAAUUAGAAAUUUAAUUUUUCUUCAUAAUGAAUUAUGUAGGUUGGGAAAAUUCUAAUCAAGAAAGUGUUGAACGAAAUGUAAUGAAUCAAAGGAUCUUUUGUACAACCAAUAGUUAUCUACCCAAUUAGUGUGAUAUUAAUUAAAUGUAUUUUUGAUCGGCAAACCUACAGGAAGUUCUACCUUGGAUAGGGGAUCUAUGGUAUGUUUUCACCAAGCCAAGAUGCAUGUGAGAAUUAGAAAUACAAAUGCAGAGCAGAAUGGAAGGGGGAUGUGGCAUGGAGGGAGGAGAGCAGAGGUAAAAUCUCUUGCAUAUGCUUGUGGGUGGUUGGAUGUAGCCCCUUGUGUGUGUAAACUAGCCCUGUCUGGCUGUCAUUCUUAUGGUAUAGUUUAUGCAAUUUGUCAGUUAAAUAUAGUAUUUAUGUAUAUUUUCCCUUAAUGAAUGCUUUUGGUGCUUAUUGAAAAUA